CAGAGACAACGCAGACAGCAGGCAAGCAGACGACCCACACUCACCACCAACACCGACACCAACACCAACCCACCCUCAACACACGCGCACACUCAACCACUCGACUCUCUCCACACAGAAGCGCACCGACGAUGGACACGCCCGAUAGCCUGACGCUGUUGCGUCGGUUUGCGCAGGACAGGCGCAGUGGGCGCGUUGAGGACGGCAAGAUCAUCGUUGGGGAGUGGAUGAUCGACGCCAAGGCCCACACCAACUACAAGACGCGCAAAGGCGCGUUCCUGUCCAACGAGGCCGUGUUCUUCUUCAUCCAGCACAUGGAUGAGAAGCACGGUGAGUACAUGAAGCAAGCGCUGCAAGCAAGCGUCCCCGCAGUCUCCCGUGUUGACAGAGUAAACCUGCAACAGUACCUGCUCGGCGAAAUCAAGGAGUCCGAUGCCGUCGACCCAACAGCACCAACACACCUCGCCAUGCCCGCGGAGCUGCGGCAGCAGAGGGCCGACGCGUCGUCAGCAGCAGCCCACGAGGCCGCGGCUGACGAGGAGGAGGGCAUGUCUGCAAAGAGAGCAGCCCCGCACGAGGAGGGUGCGCUCGCAGCAAAGCGCGCGCGACAGGAAGGGGAAUCCGCCAUGGCCGACAAGGAAGCCACCAGCGCUGAUGGGAGCGCCGCUGCCAAGGGCCAGGCCGCAGAGGCAGCAGCAGCACCGUCAGCCACAGACAGGCAACGGGAGCAACAGCCCAAGAAGCAUGAGCAGCGGGUAAGCAAGGCUGGGCUCGCCCCGCUCAAGGCAUCACAGGCCACGCGCAACAUCAUGAAGAACGAGCUGGUGUUCCAGACCAGAACAACCGUCCUCAAGGCCAAGGGCAAGAGCUUUGUCAACGUGCUCAAGACAACGCGCAACAUGCUCAACGGCAAAGGGAAGAAAGGCAAGGGCGACAAGGGCGAUCAGCAGGACAAGGGCAGCAAGGAGUCCCAGCAGGCGUCAGCGCCCACAUACGAGCGUUACAACCAGCCCGCGCCCCAGCAGGACUCGUACGGCAACGUCGAUAUCAUGGGUACCAACUACCAGCCUGGUACCAUCUACAACGAGGACAAGCCAAAGGAGCCGAAGAAGCAAGCAGAGGCCGCGCCAAAGCCAAAACCGAAACCAAAGAAGCGCACAUCAAAGACACCCAUUAUUAUCGUGCCUGGUGGCGCAACAGCGAAGAUCACGCUCGCAAACGUCAAAGCGUUUCUUGAAGAGGGAAAAUACCUCUCCAUUGACGAGGCCCUCCGCAACCAAAAGUCAAGACCACAGAGCGUGUACGUGUACCGCAAACGGCCAGAAGGGACCGUCCCAUAUCACGUCAUUGACAACGUCGCAAAGCUGUCGCCAGAGGACUGGAAGCGCGUGGUUGCUGUUGUGGUCGCGGGCCCAAAGUGGCAGUUCAAGGAUUUCCCUGAGAUGAAAAACGGGAAGCAGCCAGUCGACAUCUUCUGCAAAUACCGCGCGUUUUACAUCAACUUCAAGGAUGAGCGCGUGCAUCCCAACGCAAAAGAGUGGGAUUGCAGUAUCUUGCAGCUGAGCCGGUCCCAGCGCCAUCUCGACCAGACAGCGUCGCGCCGGUUCUGGGAAACGCUCGACCAGUGGACAGCAGGCCGCUACCCGCUCCUCAGGCUCUAGACGACGGCGUGCACACACACACACACACACACACACA